ACCGACGUAUUCGUUUCGUUCUUCUUCUGUUACGAAUCGUUACGAAUUGGUUAAAUGUUACUAGAAAAAAGAAGUUUAGUUAAAAGUAAGUUAUAAGUGGAUUCAUCGAGAAACGACGAGUCUCUCGAAUUGGAGAAGACGAUUGUUUCCAUCAAAGUCGGAGCGGCUAGAAAGAUGGCCAAGUCGAAAACUCGUUCAGAAUCUGAAGGAGAGGACAAGGAGAAGAAGCAGGAAAGGGGCAGAGAUAGGAAGAAGAAAACCGACUCGAGCAGCAGUGACAGUGAUAGUGGAAGUUCAUCUGACAGUAGUUCUUCGAGUGAUUCACCAUCAUCAAGCUCUUCAAGUUCUGGCUCCAGUUCAAGGUCCAGCAGUUCCUCAUCGGACAGCUCCUCGUCGAGCAGUGAGAGAACUAGGUCCAGACCUAAGCGUAGGUCCAGGUCUAACAGCAAGGCAAAUCGCAAAAGCAAAGAGAAGAAAGACAAGGAUUUGAGCAAGAGUAAGGACAAGGAUGAUAAGGAUGGCAAAGAGAAGAUUGAGAAGGAGAAGGAUGGAAAGGAUAAGAGGAAGUCGACUGACGUGAAGGACGAGCCGGGCAAGGGUAAAUCCAGGUCGAGAUCUCGUUCGCAGCGAAAGAAGCGCCGUCGCAGGUCGCCGACCCCGAGACCGACGAAGAUCCACAUCGGUCGAUUGACGCGCACCAUCAACAAGGAGCACAUCACCGAGAUAUUCGCCACGUACGGCGUCAUCAAGAACGUCGAGUUCCCGCGUGAUCACGUGCACGGCAACUUGGGACGCGGCUACUGCUACGUCGAGUUCGACACCGCCGACGAGGCGGAGAAUGCCAUGAAGCACAUGGACGGCGGUCAGAUCGACGGACAGGAGAUAACUGCUGCUCCCGUGCUGAUGCCCAAACCGCGACCUCCACCACCGAGACGCAGUCCGCCUCCGAUGCACAUGCGGCGUCAACCGAUGCAUCAUCGCCGCACUCCGCCCCGCUUCAGGAGGCGCUCGCCGCUGAGACCGCCCCGUCGCAGUCCUCCACGUCGUCGUCCGCACUCUCGCAGCCCACCGCCGCGUCGCAGGAAGCACAGCAGGAGUAGCUCUAGUAGCUCCAGAUGAGACGAGGCCCCCUAUUAUCACAAAUUCAAGCAGAAGUUUAGUUUCUAUUGAUGAAACUAAUUAAUGACCGAUAUAUUUCAUAAUUACUA